GUGCUUUGGCCGUGUUAAGCGCUUGUCCGCAGCUUCCUGGGUCGUUGGAGACAGGCAGGCUGUAGGCGUGGAGAGGGGGUCUUCUUGUAGCGACUUGACCUUUCUAAAUUUUCUGGAGCCGCGGUUGUUUAAAAGCCCGAGGGAACUUGAGAGGGGCCAGGCUUGUAGCUCUCUUCUCUCCUCCGAGUUUGCGACUGCCGGGUCCAAGAUGAACAAAGUCUGUGCGAUUUUUGGGGGCUCGCGGGGCAUUGGCAGGGCGGUGGCCCAGUUAAUGGCCCCAAAGGGCUACCGACUGGCUCUCAUCGCCAGAAAUCUGGAAGCGGCUAAGGCCGCCGCCGCCGAGCUCGGCGGAGAUCAUUUGGCACUCAGCUGUGAUGUGGCUAAAGAACAUGAUGUUCAACAUACAUUUGAAGAGAUGGAGAAACACUUAGGUCAAGUGAAUUUCCUGGUAAAUGCAGCUGGUAUUAACAGGGAUGGUCUUUUAGUGAGAACAAAAACUGAAGAUCUGGUCUCUCAGCUUCAUACCAACCUCUUGGGGUCCAUGCUGACAUGCAGAGCUGCCAUGAGGACUAUGAUUCAGCAGCAGGGAGGGUCCAUUGUCAACGUGGGAAGUAUUAUUGGCUUAAAAGGCAAUUCUGGCCAGUCUGUUUACAGUGCCAGUAAAGGAGGAUUAGUUGGAUUUUCACGUGCUCUUGCCAAAGAAGUAGCAAGAAAGAAAAUUAGAGUGAAUGUAGUUGCACCAGCACCCCUAAAUGCUACCACCUGCUAUGGCGCCAUAACUGUCAGCUGGAACGGGAUGUCAGUGAUGCCCAUCGCUGGGUUCCCGGGAGCCAGUUCUGUGCUGCUGUGCGUCUGGGAGCCGCCGGGUACACACAGGCCUGCAUCAGGAUGAUCUCGAGGUGCCCCUGCAGCUUGACUGGCCCCAGGGAAUGUUUCCAGGUGAGUAUAUUACAUUUGAGGCAUGCUCUCCACUCCCCAUUUGUAGUCCUUUUAGCCAGUGUCUCCUCUGCCCCUCAGGCUCUCACUGCUGGGGUCCGUCACAGGCACCUUCGCGCACUCAGCAGCUCUGCAGUCAGGCUGUCCCUAACAGUGACCUGAGGCAGGGAGCGUGACCUCUCCAAGUUUCCUCAUCAAUACAAGCCUCGAGAUCUUAGGAAGAUUACAUGGGUUAAUGCAUGUAAAGUACUUGGCGAAGUGUUUGCCAAAGGGUAAAAUGCUCAAAAUAUUAACCACAGCACUGGAUACAGGUAGAAUUAUAACAGCAAGCUGAAUAUGAGGCAUGCCUUAGAACUGUUUUGUUAAAUACAAUGAUACCUUAUUUUUCAUUUCUUUUUCUUGGUAUGAGAAUGUAAUUUACUUUGAAGGCAAAGCGGUAUUUGUAGCAUGAGACACAUGCUCUGUGGAAAGCACAUCAACCCCUCUAACUUCUGCUGAUGCCUGGAUGGUGCUAGGUACACGGCGGCAUUCAGUGUCUUGUGACAGAUGCCCUACUCGGCUCCAACCACUGGACUCUGCUCAGGAUAGACCCCAGCAAAGUUGGGUACACGGGCUGGCAUUUGACUCUGGAGGGAUUUCACAUUUCUAUGCUGUUUUCACUGCAGCUGCUUAGAACCAUAAAUACAAAUAUUGCCACAGAAUAUUUCAUUAACCUCCCAAGUUAGUAUGUUACCUUUUGUUCUCUUUCUACUCCUACACCAACCUUCACUUCUGAACAUGAAGGGGGAAGGUAUGAUCUUAGUUUGGUGAAUUCUGAGAUAUCUGGUAAAUAUAUAAUACAGACCUGGAGCACUUAGAAAGCAUCCAAACUAAGAAUUUAUAUAGAGGGGCUGGCGCUGUGGCGUAGUGGGUGAAGCUGCUGCUGCCUGCAGUGCUGGCAUCCCAUAUAGGUUCAGGUCCCGGCUGCUCCAUUUCCAAUCCAGCUCUCUGCUAUGGCCUGGGAAAACAGUAGAAGAUGGCCCAAGUCCUUGGGCCCCUGCACCUGUGUGGGAGACCUGGAGGAAGCUCCUGGCUCCUGGCUUCAGAUUGGCCCAGCUCCAGCAGUUGUGGCCAUUUGGAGAGUGAACCAGGGAUGGAAGACCUCUCUCUUAUCUUUGCCUUUGCCUCUCUUUAACUCUGCCUUUCAAAGAAAUAAAGCAAGCUUUAAAAAAAGAAUUCAUAUGUAAUUUUGACAUUUCAUUUUUUAAAAAAAUAAAAAGGACUUAAGUAUUUUUGAAACGAUGUCUCCAAUGUACACAAUAGAAAGUUCAGGUUUUUAAGUCUGAACCUCUUAUUUAUGAGAAAGAACAUACAGAAUUAGUGCUAAGUAAUUGUAAUCAUUGUAUUACGCCAGUUAACCUUAGCAGUCAUCAUAAUUAGCAGUAUUCCGGGGGCAUUUGCUUUAUUGAUUUUCUCAUUCCUGUCUGUUUCAUUAUAAACACAGGAACUAACAAGGGAAGUGAAUGUUGGAAGUGAAGCUUUGGUGAGCCAGGAGACCAUAUGACGAUGCUACAACAAAGCACAAUCAGCAGUCUAACGCUUUGUAUUUAACUCAGCUGUUACUUUUCUAUGCCAAACAAAUCGAGAGUUAAAUUUAAAGCUAACAGUACAAAUAAGAAGUUGAAUCCUUUAAAGUGAUUCUGUAUAAAACAUGCAGCUUGUAAAGAUUAUUUGCUGCCUCUGAAAGGCCAAUUAUUUAUGUAAUAUGAAAAUAACAUUUAUAUUUCACAGUUUAUGAAAUUUAACUUGUGGCACACAGGUCUUUAUAAAUGCUUGCCCCAUGUAUACAUAAUGCAAUUUGAGCAAACAUCAAACUGCAAAACAGCCAUUCCAGACUCCAAGUGCAACACAAGUAACUUAGCAACACAACCAAAUAGAGUAAAACAUUCGUGUUUAGAUUCAGUUGUCUCUUAAAGAUAGGAUUAGAGUCUAAAAUAAACGGCCUGAGCGAUUCUCAUUUUGGCAUAAUGUCUGCUGCAACGCUGAGCAAUCACUCUCCAUCACGCCGGACCCUGGGACUGCCUCGGUCUCUCCUGAAUUCCCGAGCUGCGCCCGCCGCAGAGGACGCGCAGCCCUGGGGAUGUGGAGAGCCGAGUGUCCCACCCCAAGUGGAACUUCGAUGUCGUCAACGAUAUCUAAUGUGUUUCUGAUUCCCAGAAGAUUAGCCCAGGUGGGAAAAGAUCAUAUUCUACAAAAUACUCUGCUGCACUUGAGACUUUUCCCUUUCCCACUCCUCGCCCUCCCCGGCGGCCUCUGUCAUUAAUUUCCACUGUUCGGGAAAGCUCCGCCGCCUGUGUUUCAUUACUGAAUGCAUUUUUCCACUUGAGCCUUUUCCUUUCUCUUGGUCAUUUCACAUGAUGUAGGCUACAGCUGUAUUACAAGAAAAAUAGAUGUUGCUGUCUCCCUUGCAAGCCCAAGUGUGCUUUAAAUCUGAAAAAAAAAUUUAAGGUAACUAAAGGACAUCAAGGAAGCAGAAAGUCAAGUUCAGUUUUCUGUCAACCACUCUUUAUACUUUGGGGAUUAAUAUAUAUCUUCAAAGAUUCAGUUUUUUACUUUGACAUUUAUUUUUUUCCAGUGCCUACUUAUGACAGGCCUCUUUCAAAUCAUGCUUUAGUUCACAGACUACAAGAAUAACAAAAUACCAAAUACAGGCUGAACCUCCCUAACCCAAACUUUGUGUGUGUUGACAUGAUGCCCCCAAAGUUUUGCAUUUGGGGAGCGUUUUGGAUUCCAGAUAUUUGGAUUGGGGAUGCUCAGCCAGGUAAAGUGUACGCAGACAUUUCAAUAACCAAAAACCUCCAAAAUGGUUAACACUUCGGUUCCUGGGCAUUUUGGAUAAGGGAUACUCAACCUGAUGUAGUAAUGUUACAAGGCUGGGGUUAUGACUGGGGUGUUCAUUUUUACAAUGGCAUUUAUACAACAACACAUCAGAAUCCAUGCCAAGUGUUAGAAAAAUGGCCUGCCACUUGUCAUGGUCUGAACACCACAUUGUUUUGCUGAUGACCAGUGAAGCCCAUGCCAGUUUCUAGGCGAUGACUCACAAAGCCUCCGUGUGGCCUAUUUGCAUGCACCUGCUCCUGAAGACUCCAGGAGAGGAAGGCAGCAGUUCUGCGCUUGGAAUUAAAGCCAGCCAGGCGACAUGCUCAGACACUUGGGACAGCACCGACUACCAGAUUUCAUAAACAUUACAGCGUCUCUCCCACAAGCUUCAGUGAGCAGACACAGCCACACUGCUGCUUUAAGGCCCCAGUGUCCCCUCUUAGGACAGAGUCCCCAGAUGCUCUUCAUGGGUGUUUGCUCUCCUUUUACCUGUCUUGGAUUAUUCAGGUGGAAAAUUGGACUUUUAGCCCCACCUCUUCAUUAAAAUACCAGCUGUAUCAACUCAACUUUCCAGAGAGCUGCAAUUCUAGGUUUGGGGGCUGGUCCAGGUAGUGUGGCCGUGGGGCUUCCACCCCAGUGGGGAUGGGCUGCACUGUUAGCACAACUGGGCUUUGGGCUACCUGCUGUGAAUGGGACCACUUCUCCUUUCUUUGUCUUAUCUCCAAAGAGUAGAAGCAAAGAACCAGAGAGGGUGGACCCCAGGCCUUAGCUGGGGAUCUGGGAAGGCAGCAGAGUUACUGGAGCCUGCAGUGAGGCAGUGAGUACCCUAUUCUGGGACUUGUGUUGCAUGUGAGGCUGCUGAGAGCAAGCGUGGCUGCCCAGCUCCACGUGUCGCCGGUGUCAGCUGUGCUGAGGGCAUGGCCAGGUCUCCCCGCUCCAAGCCCGCAGCUGUGGCAGCCGUGGCACAGUCACAUCUGCUGCCUAACUCCCGUACCCAGAGGGUGAUAAGAAGGCAAAGCCAGGAGGUCAGGAGAGCACGCAGCAGCACGCUGCCGAGCAGAGAUGCCACCCCGUGGACUUGCUGCCUCUGUCAGCGCCGUGGGAGUCGGAACCUAGGAACAGCCGAACCUCGGCAUCCUGGCUCCGCAGGCUGCUGCCAAGCGCUAGCACUGCCAAGCAGGGUCAUGGGAGCCUCUGCGGGAGAACGCUGACAAUAGCCAGCACGUCUGGAAAGCACACUCCACGCCAGGUUGGUAAACGUAGGAUUUCAUUCCAAUCCCCAGUUUUCAGAACAGGAAGUAGGCCACAGAGGGGUCAAGUGACUUAGUACAGGCCACACAGGAAAUGAGUGGCUGAGCCUGACCCUCAGCGGGGAUUCGCCUGAUGCCAAAGCCCAUUGCCACCCGCAAGCCACAGCGUAUCUUCAGUGUUGCCCCGCAGCCCAGUCUGUCUGGUGUCAUUGCUCUCUUAGAUUUCUUUCCCUUCCUCCUUUCCAAUGUUUACAGAGAAAUUUUUUAUGGAGGGCUUGGGGGUCAGAGUACAUUGGCUUAUUUUAAAUCUGCCUAUGUGAUCUGACAUGGAACCAUCCAAGGGGCAUCUUCAGCAGGCUUCCUUUUAUCAUCUGGUGACUUCAUGAUAGUUUGUCAAGAGUUAGGAGACGCCGGCCCUUCGAGGCUGUUCUGCUGCCUUGAACUCUGCACAAAGUCACUGGCCACGGCACUGAGUCCUUCCCCAUAGAACUUUUCCACAUGUACAAGUACAUUAGCGUAAUUUGAGGCAGACUAAAACCAGACUCAGAAUUGCAGUUUUGCAUUUUCGUUCUUUUGUUCCGCAAAAUGGCUUACGCCAGUAACAAUUUACAACAUGCUGGGAAAAAUGCCUUGAAAUUAAUAACAGGAUGCCAGUCCUGGCAAGUGCCUGAGGAACACUGAUAAUUCUGUCCCCAUAACUUAGCCCAGCCUUUCCAGCGGAAAAGAGGAAUAAAGCACUGAACACGAAGAACGAGAUCUGAAUGUUGUUGUGUUUUCCACCAUUUGGUUAACAAGCAGAAAACAGGAAAUUGAAACAUGUUAAUAGUCAAGGAGAUCGUGAAAAUAUAAGGAAAAAAAAAAGGUAAGUUCUACCUUUGUUGCCACACACACAGGAAAACCAUGAGCAUAAAUAAGCAUUAAAAUGCAACUUUUGAAUAGAGGUUGUGAUUGAGACUAUUUUUCAGGGUGAUGCUUUUGUAUUUCUUGAUUAAAAAGUUAUAACCCCAAGAAGGUACACUGAUAUGGAGACUUCUACUGACAGGGCAGAGUGUGCUGUGCUCACACCGCCUCAUUAGUUGGAUAAUUGGAGUCUCAUUCUAAUCCGAGUAUCACUGCAUAAAAAUAUCCUGCCGUGAUGAUGGGCUAUCAUAACCAGAUAAAUCCUGUACAGCCAUUUAAAAGGUCUGUAAGUGUGGUCAAAAUUAUUUCAUCAUUUUCUAACACUUCAUAUCUUUUUGAAAGAAAUAAUGGAAUAGAUACAAAUAAGUCAGGGGCCGGUGCUGUGGUGUAGUGGGUAAAGCCGCCACCUGCAGCGCCAGCAUCCCAUAUAGGAACUGGUUUGAGUCCCGGCUGCUCCACUUCUGAUCCAGCUCUCUGCUAUGGCCUGGGAAAGCAGUGGAAGAUGGCCCAAGCCCUUGGGCUCCUGACCCCACAUCGGAAACCUGGAGGAAGUUUUUGGCUCCUGGCAUCAGACUGGCAUAGCUCUGGCCAUUGCAGCCAACUGGGGGUAAACCAGCUGAUGGAAGACUCUCUCUCUCUCUGCCUGUCCUUCUCCCUGUGUAAUUCUGACUUUUAAGUAAAUAAACAAGACUAUCAGAGAUUUUAAAAAAUCUUCCAGGAAAUCGUCAUUAAUUUUACAAUACAAUAAAAUUGUUCAUUUUAGCUUCCUUUUUGUUUAUUUUCUGCAGGCUUAGUAAAAUUAAAGUUACUAUCAUGCUGUUAAGGUACAAAAUCACUUCUUUCCCAUUUUUGUGCCCCCUGUACCUAUAUAAAGCCUAAACCAAGAUACUGGAUAACAAAGAAUUUGCAGGCGUGUGCUGAGAAUGUGAUACCCAGCCACCUUCUAUUGAAUUCUAGGAAAAUAGUUGAUUUUUUGACCUUACAUCUACGGGCUAAUACAAGAUAAAACUUUUUUUUGGAAACAACUCUGAAUGCUGUCCACAGGCAAUAUAAAAAUUAUCAUUUGUACUUACAUAUUAGCUAAAUUCCAUUUGUGUGUUUCUUCUGUAUAUAUUUCACUUUCUGGAGUUAGUCUAAUGCAGCUUCACAUGCCACUCACUCUGGAUCUGUUUUCCCUCCUUUAUUUCCUACACAGAACCUAAUCUGUUCUCAGAUCACUGUAUUGCUGCCUCUGCUUACUGGCUUAUUUUCGACUUUGGGACUUGGCCCUGUCUACCACCGCAGCUCCUCCCCCCACAGGAGGCGUUCACACAGUACUGCCUUAAUGAUACCUGUGGACAGGCGAUCUUCUGCACCAGUCACUGCUGUUGAAACAUGGGGUGGACUAAGUCAAUACACAUGAAGCAGAAGUUUCUAUCCCCUGAAACCAAGCUGAACGCAGCUCCCUAAGUCACAGAGGUGGAACGUCCCAUUUUCAUUCAACAGUUCCUCUGGCCACGCAAAUGCCUGUAAGCGCUAGACCAGGAACUCAGCCCAGACCUCUCGGCUUGCAUACCUGAG